AUGGACCUGUUGCGCUCUCCUGAACCCUCCGGAGAGCGGCAGACAACCUGAACUCUCGUUUUCCCGUCCUCACUGUUGCUUGAAUGGAUUUCAAAGAGCUUGGCGCCGAUUGCUCGGAGGGAGACGCGGAGGACCUGGACAGCGUCAAAGCGCUGACGGAGAAGCUGAAGCUGCAGACGCGCCGGCCGUCCUACCUGGAGUGGCAGGAGCGGCUGCAGAGUCGCCCAUGGACGGACACAAGUCCCCCGGACAGCCCGGACGCCGCCGGAGGGGACGUCUCCAUGCCGGCAGUUUUGAGAAAUGACAACUCGGAGCUGGUUGUGCGCAACAUAUGCGGCUUCGAAACCAUUGAUGAUGCGUUGGAGUUUCUGAGAAAAGAGCUGAGGGAGAUGCAAGUCCAGGACAAUCGUCUGGCCCGCCAGCUGAUCCGCCUGCGUGGGGAGAUCCACCGGCUGAAAGUGGAGCAGGUGUGCCACCGUCAUAAGGAGAUGCUCGACGACGCCACCUACGAGCUGGAGGAGUGUGGGGAGGAGUCGGACUUGCUGUGUGACAUCCCCAUGAAGGCCGCCUUUGCUCUCUCCACGCCUCUGAAGCACCUGGGCCUCACCAAGAUGAACAUCAACUCCAGACGGUUCUCACUAUGUUGAAAAGGGUCAGAUGUUACCCAGCACAGCGAAGGAUGUCCCCAUAUCCUCAUCUGUGUUUGUCCAAGGCAUGUCGUUAGAGUCACUUCCUCUUUAAGGGCUCGCUGACGAGUGCCAGGAGCGAAAAUGAAAAUAUGCACCUUGAUUUGUGUCAGGGUAUGACAUGAAUGGGGAAGUAUCUGCGAGCUCACCUGGAAGACAGGCACGCCUCUGCACUGCUGCCAGAAUUUCCUGCUGGUCUGAGUCUGAUUCUGUUUUUUUUUUUUGUUUUUUUUUAAUACAGAUCCAUUGACAGGAGCAAUAACCAUGAAUAGAUGCACUAUAUUCCCAAAAGCAUUGAGGCACAACCACAAGUCCUUGAAUCCAGAUGUUACAAUCGCCUCCAUGACCUCGGGUCUAUGAGAUCCAGCACUGCAAAUAUUUCUGAGGCAAUUUUAGGAUGUCAGUGAACUCAAGUGUGGUAUGGUGAUAAGAUCAGACCUAAGCUAAAGUUCAUUUGUGAGAUUUCCACUUCUAAACACGCCACAGUCUUUUAUUAUAGGGGUAUCAGAACAAGUGCGAGCAGCCUGGAACAACAGCGCUGAGCGAUGUAAAAUCAUAUACUCGGAAUAAACUGUGCAAAAGUUGCCAUCAGCCUUGCUGAGUCAAUAGAUACAGACCUCCAGGCUUU